AUGCAAAACUCGAUCGAAGACCUGAGCAAGCUGGUCAAGGAAAUUGGGUUCAACACAGUUUCGGACAAGGCGCUACAGCGACUUCUAGAUAAGCACAAAGACGGCCACGAAGUCGUGAUGCAUCUGAUCAACCUGGAACCGCAUGAGUCCCUGUCAGAACUGAGCCUGGAGCGCCUGGCGGACGAGAGGGAAGAAGCGCGGGGUGGCGUAGACAAGACGAGAAACUCGAGACAAGAAUUGAAGCUAGAAGCGAGUCCGGGUCGGGACGCGUCUUCUGGUCACGAGCCGCGGAGCGUUCUUGGAUCGUCCGCACCGCGGGAGAUGCAGCGCCGAGAUUCACCCGACUUCGACCUGGACAGAGAGCAGAGAGACGCUACCUCUGUGGAUCUGUCGCUGAAUUACAGCUUUCUGUGCGACUCUGCGUAUGCGGAUUUGUUAGAAAACGAAUGUCACGGACUCUGCGCUACGCCGGAGCAGUCCAGAGGGGCCGUUAUCUACUACAGGGCCGACGAGCGUCCGCCAGAGGCCUGUGAGAGAAGGCAGAUUGUCGACUUGUUCAAAGCGGAGGCCGUGAGCUACGUCGAGUUCGACCUCACCGACGACAGCGAGCAGACUGGACUCAUAACCGCGAAGUUGAACGGAAGGCUGACGCUCCCCGUGGUUUUUGUGAGCGACAAACUCGUCGGCGGCAUCAACGAAGUCAAGCAACAGAUGGACCAAAUAAAGUACGAGUGCGCCAAGCAGUUGGUCCACAGCGUGACGCUCGAUGAGUAUCAGCACCUCAACGCCAUAUCGAACAGCAGCGUUCGACUGGGCAUCAUCGACAGGGCGCUCAACAUGGGAGAGACGGUGCUGAAUUACAUCAACCCUCUAUUCUGGCUUCAAUCUCGACAUGAGGCGAAAGACCCUGACAGCCAAAUCGAGGAGUUCACGAUCACGCAAAUGAACUGGUACUUGAGGAAUCAGAAGAGGAUACUGAGGUUCGGGUCCGAUACGUUCCUAAAGAUCCAUCCGGACACAAGACAAGUAAGGGCGGUGUGUAGCUAUGAUAAGAUCAAGAGCAUCCGGCGCGCUGGUGACAAAUUGACUCUAUUGUAUGAGGACGGACACAAGGACCAGUUCAUCGCUCCAGAAGAGGUUCUGAAUCACCUGGUGGCGCUAUUCCGUGUCAGGUGCGGACCCUCGCUGAAGUCAUAAGAGAGAACAAAAGAAACGCGGUUUUUGUAUGUGUGUAUAUAUAGAGGGAAUCUGGGAUAGGAAGGGUGUGUGUGUGGAUAUGUGUAUGAGCACAUUCUUCUUUUUUUUUUUUGACAUGCGAGGAGGAGGAAGGAAGUGGAUGGCGAGGAUCCCGCUCGCCUAAUUUUCGCGGUGCGAGGGGCGUCGUGCUGAAUGCGUCUCUGGAAAAGGUGGCAACUUCGCAUUGCUCUUCUGCGCUCGCAGGGCCUCAGGCGCUCCCCCCCGUACAGGUACACUGCCGCCACACUCGAGGGCUCGGGGGGAAGUCCUCGGCGGCGCCUGUACCUCCGAACGUCUUGCACAUAGUCCCGCGCCUUUUUUUCAUGUGAGUGAUUCGCGGCGGCCUCGUUUCCUUCACUUGAGCUCGCUGCGCA